CGGUCUUGGUCUUGUAUCGCAGCCGUGUGAGUUGGCUGUGAUGGAAGUGGGAGUUCAGCGGUGUCAGUGGUGUUUGCAGUGUCCUGGAAGCGAAGGCACUGGAUUCCACACUUGCGUGUCUGUGCCCAUUCUUCUGCCCCAGGUGACUUUGCAUCCUGUUUCUGGUGCCGCUUAACACAGUGUUUGCACAGAUUUACAGCUCAUGGUGGAGAAUGCCUUCCCUUUCCAAGGUGCCUGAGAUGCUUUUUAAAAUAGUAGAGCUCUUCAUUCUUUCUUCUUCGCUAAAAGGAAGAGGAGAUGGUUUUGAAUGGCACAGUCCUUCAACAGCCUUGGAGAGGAAAGCAUCACUGGGUAGUCCAGCAUCAGGGUGAUUGGCACAAGACACUUGACUGUAUAUGCUGCAGAACCAUGUGUCUUUAAAUACUAUUCUUCUUGAAAAUGCUGUUAAAAACCCCUGUAUCCAGUCUAAAUUGCUCACAGGUACUUAUUUUUCUAAUGUUUCCACAAAAUCAUUUUAAGAAAACUGAAUUCACUGUGGGCUUUGUGGGUCACAGAGUUCCUAUUUCUUGUUGCUUUAUACAGUGGCUCUGCUAUGCCUUGGAAAUUAAUGGUGACUGAGGAUAAGGUGAUUGAGGGAUUUUUGCUGCUUGAUUCCUGAAUGAAACUUCAAAAUGUGGACUUCUGACUAUAUAAAUGUUCCAGCUGCUGGAUCCUCUUUCUUUUAGUACCAUGGCAUCCAAAAGCUUUCUUUGACCUUCUUUAUGCUCUUCUCAGCCUGGGAUGUUUCACUGGUUCUUUGCGGGAACUACUUUUUUCAUCUCAUCCCAUUUCUUGUGCAACAUGAAUUGUCGUGGGAGUCCCCUCUGCAGACACCUCUUCUCUGUGUGUACAUGGUCAGUUGUUCAGUUGGCUGCUUGUUGUGUGCAGGUGGAAACAGAGAGUAGCUUUGGGAAGCUGUUUGCCUGUUCACUUGGGAAGAGCUUGACAGACUCGAGGAGUGCCCGGGAAAGUACCUGCCGUUGGAUUGCUUUCCCUCCCGGUUCGCAGAGCAGUCCAGGAGAAGGAUGAGCUUCGAGCUCAGAACCAAGUACUGAAAAAAGGAGUUGUAGAUGAGCAAGCAAACUCUGCUUCACUGAAGGAGCAAUUGAAGAUGAAGGAUCAAUCACUGAGAAAGCUGCAACAAGAAAUGGACAGCUUAACGUUUAGAAAUCAGCAGCUUGCCAAACGGGUGGAGUUACUUCAAGAUGAACUUGCAUUAAGUGAAGCCAGGGGCAAAAAGAGCAAGAAAAGUGUAGAAUCCUCAUCUCAGUUGAGUCAAGAACAGAAAAGUGUCUUCAAUGAAGAUCUUCAGAAGAAAAUAGAAGAGAAUGAACGACUACAUAUACUGUUCUUUGAAGCAGAUGAGCAGCACAAACGUUUGGAAGCGGAGCUGAGAACUAGACUUGAGGUUUUGGAAACUGAUGCUGCCCAGCACCAAGCUGUGGUGGACAGUUUAACGAAGAAAUACACAGAUACCAUAGAAAAGCUGCAGAAUGAUAAAGCCAAAUUAGAAAUCAAGUCUCAGACACUAGAAAGAGAAGCUAAGGACUGCAGGCUUCGAACUGAAGAAUGCCAGCAACAGCUAAAGAAUCUUCAAGCAGCUUUGGGCAGUAGACUGGAAGAAUCACUAUGCAUAAUUAAUGAAAAAGUACCUUUUAAUGACACAAGAUCUAAUCGAUACAAUGCUCUGAAUGUACCGUUACACAACAGAAGAUAUCAGCUGAAGUUGCGAGACCUUGCUGGCAAGGCACUGGCUUUUGUUCAAGAACUCGUAACAGCUCUCUUGAACUUCCACACAUACACUGAGCAGAAGGUACAGAUCUUUCCCAUUGAUUCUGCAACAGACACUAUAUCACCGUUGAAUCAGAAGUUCUCACAGUAUCUCCAUGAAAACGCUUCGUACGUUCGCCCUCUGGAGGAAGGAAUGCUGCACUUGUUCGAGAGCAUCACGGAGGAUACUGUGACAGUCCUGGAAACAACAGUGAAAUUGAAGGCCUUCUCAGAACAUUUAGCUUCCUACUUGUGCUUUUUAAGAAAGAUUCUUCCUUAUCAGUUAAAAAGUUUGGAAGAAGAGUGUGAGUCUUCUCUUUGCACAGCUGCUUUAAGAGCUAGAAAUAUGGAGCUACACAGAGACAUGAAAAGGUUGACUGCAGUCUUUGAGAAGCUACAUACGUAUGUCAGUCUUCUGGCCUUACCGAGUACAAAACCAGAAGGACUACUUAGGACAAAUUAUAACUUUGUGUUUACAAACAUUGCUGCAAGUCUUCAUGGAUUUCAUGACGUUUUAAAAGAUAUUUCCAAACACUACAGUCAGAAAGCUACUUUAGAACAAGAUGUUCCAACUGCCACACAGAAACUCAUAACUACAAAUGACUGUAUUUUAUCCUCUGUUGCGGCUUUAACAAACGGAGCAGGCAAGAUCGCCUCGUUCUUCAGCAACAACUUGGAUCACUUCACUGCUUCAUUGAGCUAUGGCCCUAAAGGAGGAACAGAGUUCAUCAGCCCUCUCUCAGCUGAGUGUAUGCUGCAGUACAAGAAAAAGGCAGCUGCUUACAUGAAGUCUUUGAAGAAGCCUUGUGCAGAUUCAGUGCCUUAUGAAGAGGCUUUAGCCAAUCGCAGAGUUCUCCUGAGUUCUACAGAAAGUAGAGAAGGUCUUGCACAACAGGUUCAGCAGAGUUUGGAGAAAAUUGCAAAACUUGAACAAGAAAAAGAACACUGGAUGUUGGAGGCCCAGCUAGCUAAAAUAAAGCUAGAGAAAGAAAACCAGAAACUGAAGAACUCUCUUAGUGGAAAUUUAACUGAAACUAUGCAGGAGCAUUCCAUUUUGCCAAAUGUAACAGAACAAAAGAAGGAAACCACAGAAAAGAGGGAACCCAUUAAGAGUACUAGUCUGAUUGGAAUGUUGACUAUAACUACUGAUAAUGAAAAGGCUCCAGAUGUUGAGUCUCGUGAAGACCUGAUAAAAACCCACUAUAUGGCAAGGAUAGCAGAACUUACCUCUCAUCUGCAGCUUGCUGACAGCAAAUCAGUGCACUUUUAUGCUGAGUGUCGAGCACUUGCCAAAAGACUGUCCUUAGCAGAGAAGUCCAAGGAAUCACUCACGGAAGAGUUGAAGGCAGCCAGUCAAAACAUCAGCAGAUUACAGGAUGAAUUGAUGACGACAAAGAGAAGUUAUGAGGAUCAGUUAAGUAUGAUGAGUGACCAUCUCUGCAGCAUGAAUGAAACCUUAACUAAACAAAGGGAAGAAAUUGAUACUCUAAAGAUGGCUAGUAAGGGAAAUUCUAAAAAGAACAAAAGUCGAUAGUUUAUGGCUGAGUCUUUGGAAGCUGCUGCUGCACAGGAUGCAGAUAGUGACCAUUCAUUAUCCAGUACCUGUUUGUUCCAGGAAGCAGAGGCUGGUAUUGGGUCUAGUAAAAACUGAAUUGGUGCUGUAAAUGGCUUUAAAAUAUUUAGAACUUGUAACAGAUAAAUCAGAACUUAAUGCUGGCUCUAAACCAGGAAAUACACACUCUGUGGAUAAUUUAUAUAGUAAUUACCUUCAGUUUUUACUGUGCACUUUUUAAAACCAGGUUUUGAUUUCAUGUAAUAACUUCAGAUUUUGUAUAUUUUCAAAUAUAUGUAUGUAUUAACAAAUUUGGAUCCGUGCAGUAGUUGUCUGUUUUUGAGUUAUACAUUUCAUUGUCAAUAUGUGUACAUUCCAUUACUUGUUAAUAACAGUUUAAAAAUGAGUUUUGAGACUUUUUUUGGCCAUGCAAGCUGUGCAGUUACUGUAAGUGUAUUAUUCCUAUUCUCAGCCCUUUUGAAUUAAUUGGAGUUGUGGCUUGAAAGGAUUUUUACGAAUUCACACAAGUAAAUGGGAUCAUUAUUUUAGACUGCAACAGUGGAAACUUUUCCUGCUUGCAUUUGGCACUUUGGAUAUUGAAGUAAAGAGCACAAACAGCUGAAUUGGGAUAGUUCUAUGAAACUGCUUUAAGCCCUUACAAUAACAUUUUGUUUACACAUAUAUGUAUAUAUAUAUUGGUUGAAACAGCUGUUUAAAGCUAGAGGAAACUGUGAUUGUCAUUUACCCCAAAAGAGUGAAACAAUAUGUGUAGAAUAGAUCACCUUGCUGUGUUCUCUUCCAGUAAAGAAGAAUACAAAAUAUGUGAAAGAUUUAAACACUGAAUUUGCAAAAGGUGUUCAUGGAAUUAAGUCCUGAUGUAUUCACUGAGGGGAUGCACAUGGCUUUUCCUGUGUUUUCAGAAGUUUGUGAACUUUAGGCCUCUCCUAAGACUUUUUUUUUUUUAAGUGAAGUUUAAUACCACAAGUUUUCACAGCAUUGGUUUGUUGGUUGGGGUUUUUUUGUUUUUUUAAAAUCAGGUGCUGUGCUGCUCCACACUUCACACUGAUCUUCUGUUCCAUAAUUUGCAUUAUGGCACUUACUUGUCCCAUAAGGGUUUACUCCGAUAUCGAAAGUGUUGAUAUGUAUUAUCAAUAUGUAAUAAUAAAAUCAACUACAUGAAA